AUGGAUGAGGCAAAACUAACCUCAGAAAGUGAUAAUACGGCUGGUAGACUUGGGGGAAUUGACCUUGACGGCGAUAGAACGAGUAACGAACAUAUUGUUAGUGGAGGAGAGCGAAUUUGCCGUGAGAGAAGACCUAACGUUCGUUUGAACUUGGAUGCUGUAAACGCAGAAAGACUGGUGAAGCUAAAAAGAUCUAGAAGUAGCCACCAAGGAUGUCUGACGGAGUUAUAUAAUAAGAUAAGAAUACUUUUACCAGAAACUAAGUAUGCUAGUGAAGUGAGAGAAUUGCGUGAUAUGGUUAAUCGUCACUGGGAACGCUAUUCCUUUGUUCAUGAUGAAAUAUUAGCAUGUGCUAUUGGAGAUACUUUAGCUGUUGAAAAUGCUCGCUUGGUAUUUGACGAACAGUCUCAAAAAAGAACCGAACCUUUAGAUAUAAUUAGUCGGUACUUAGAAGCAUGUACAGUCGAACAUACUCGAAAAGUAGAUAAAAGUCUCGAAGACGAUUAUGAAACGAGAAGCGAAGCUAGCAUCAAUGAAUCGAAUAAAUCAUUAAGAUCAAACCAUUCAAGCGUCAAAUCUAAUAUAAGCACGAGGUCUUUUGACGCGCGAUUGAAAAGACAGAAAGCCGAACUAGCCUUAGAUCAACUUCGCAAGCGGCAAAAUCUGAAAAAGGAAGUUGAACAACACAUGUUAGAGCUUUGGCAGAUCGUUGAAUUGCGAGACUUGGAAGACAACCUUGAACUUGCUAAGCUUGAAGAGCAGUUCGCUGUUGAAUAUGAGCAGAACACGUUUGACGAAUUAGAAUUUGAAUAUUGUCCUGCAUCGCCGCGUAAAGCGACCUAUAUAGACACAAAAGGGAAAUUCCCUGUUUUGAUACCACAUAGAAGUGAAGAAAAACCGGUAAAGCAUUCAAGCGCCCCUGUUUCUCUUCCUCAUGAAACUGACACAAUUAACCGACUAGUCGAAACCUUCGCCAGUUUGUCGAAUACGCCGCUUAUGGAAGUGACUAAAUUUGCUGGUGAUCCGAAAGAAUAUUGGAGAUUUGCCACCUGUUUUAAAGAUCAAGUUCUUUCACAGCCGAUCAGCGAAAGUAAAAAGCUUAGUCGCUUGAUGCAGUACUUAGACGGGAAGGCGAAAGAAGCCGUAGAAGAUUAUGAAGGUAUGGGUGAUGGCGCGCUGCAAGAAGCUUUAAAAGUUAUCGAGACUCACUUUGGGCAACCUUAUAUGAUUGUCGAUGCAUCCAUUGGGUCACUUGUCAAAGGUCCGAACAUAAACAGUGGAGAUGGAAAAGGCUUACAGAAAUUAGCCGACAAGUGUCAAUCUGUUUAUAAGACUCUGAAAGCUAUGAAGUGUCUUAGCGAAGUUAACACCGAUCAUAUGAGAAGAUUGGUCGCCCGUUUGCCAUACCAUUACCAAGCCAAGUGGAGAGAUCGUGCAAGUUCAAUACUGAAAUCUAGAAGUAAGCUCGCCAGUUUCCUCGACUUGGUGGAAUUCCUACAAGAAAGAGCAAGUUCCGAGAAUAAUCCAGUAUUUGGUAAUUUGAAAGACUUGAAUAAAACCGACGUCAUCCGAAAGAAAAGAUACUCUGACUCAAAUACAAAUGCUUCAAGAAUUUCAAGUUUUGCAACACAAUUUGCACCAAAACAGUCCGACCGUACAGUUGUCCAGACAACACCGGUAUGUCCCGUAUGUCAACAUGGUCACCGCUGUCAAUCGUGUCCAACGUUCCUGAAUAUGACAGUCGUUGAAAGACAAAAGGUCGUCCUAGAAUCUAGACUAUGUUUUCAAUGUUUGUCAUUUGGUCACUACAAGCGAACUUGCAGAUAUUCUAAAUGCGACGUUCACGGUUGUAAUCGAAGACAUCACAGACUUUUGCAUUUGAACAACCAAGAACCGAAGAAAGAACAAAUCAAUGUUGAUAAGUCGGAGCAUCGAAAAGUAAUUACGUGUGACGCUAAUGUUCAGACAAACGCAGCGAAUGUUGUUCCAGAUGUCUACAAGGGUGCAACCGCACUCCCAGUCAUGGCAGUUGUAGUUCGGGGACCAACUGGCCAAAGUAAGUCAACGUACGCCCUGUUAGAUCAAGCGAGCGAAGCCACCUUUAUACACAGUAACCUAGCCAAAGAUCUCGACCUAAAGGGGACUAAGAGUAUACUUUCCAUAAAAUCGUUAACUGGAUCCACUUCAAUCAACGCCGAAAAGGUAACAGUCACUGUUGAAGCCGUAGAUCAAACCCAUGAAGAUUCGAAGCUUCUAGUAAGAGACGUAAUAGUUACUGAUAACUUCGAUGUACACCUUAAAGUUGUGCCAAGAAAAGACAAUUUGCUGGGAUGGAAACAUUUGUCGGACGUAAACUUUCCUGAUGUCGAGUGUGGAGAAAUUCAAUUGCUAAUCGGGGCUGAUAAUCCAACAGUUUUUAUUACUGUGCAAGUCAGAGUUGGUGGAUCUGGUGAACCGUGGGCGUUCAAAUAUAAACUGGGCUGGGCGCUAAUGGGACCAACUAACCGUGAAAGAUCGAAUAAUGUUGAUGUUCAUCUUCUACAACGUUCAAACCCUGAUCCCGCAGAGUUGUGUCUGAGAGAGCAAGUUGACCGUUACUUUAAGGCAGAUGGCCUUGGUGUGGUGUCUGACACUCAAAAAUCUAUGUCCAUUGAAGAUAGAAAGGCACUAACGAUGAUGGAAGAAUCCGCAACUAUUGUUGAUAAUCACUACGAAGUAGGAAUGCUGUGGAACAGAAAUAAUCCUCAACUACCCAAUAACGGUACGUAG